AUGCCUAACCAAAAGGCUCAGAAAUGCUUUACCUCCAGUGAGAAUGGCAAUAUCGUCAAGGUAUUGGCUCUUGCGCUCUCCAAAUCAUGGAGCCUUAGAGCUGCACGCUUAAGUGUGCCUCUAAGCUUGUUAACAACAAGGAUUGGAGCCGCCAAUUUUUGGGAGCUGGAGCCUCAUCGAGGGGAUAGCUGGAUAUGGAAGAAACUGUGCAAAUUAAGAACGUUAGCUAGACCCUUUGUUAUCUGCGAAGUGGGUUCUGGCACGACUGCUACCUUCUGGUAUGAUAAUUGGACGGCUCUAGGCCCCUUGAUUCACUUGACUGAUGAGAGAGGUCCAGCAGUUUCAGGUCUGCACAAGGAUGCGACAGUGGCAGAAGCUUUAGUGAAUGGAGAAUGGUGGUUAAGUGCUUCUCGUAGUAGAAACGCCAUAAUCACCUUGCUUAAGCAAUGUCUGCCACCGUCUGAGCCGAUUGUGAUUUCAUCAAGCGAUGAUAAAUUAGCAACUCGAGAUAGGAUUAGAGCUUUGGGUCUUGAAGUACCUCCGAGCUGUCUCCUUUGUUCAGGGUGUGAUAAGUUUAGACAGCACUUGUUCUUUGACUGUGUAUACAGCUCUGAGAUAUGGUCUUACUUUUGCUCUCGCACCCAAGUGAAUCCUCCCACAGGGUUUGAAGAUUGUCUCAGGUGGCUAAAGACUUCUUCAACAGAUCCUAACAUUCUCUUUAUAGUAAAACUCAUCUUCCAAGCGGUUGUGUACACGAUUUGGAAAGAAAGAAAUGGUCGCCUCCAUUCAAGCGCGAGCAGACCAACUCAAGCCAUCAUUCAGGAGGUUAAACAGACCAUCCGACUGAAGCUUGACCUUUUAUCUAGAAACAUGAGAAUCACGAGCAGCUCCUCUAUCACUUACUCAAGUACUUGGCUAAGUAUCUUUUAA